AUGGCAGCGGGGAUGUCAGCAGCCGUCUUGAUGGUCACAUGGACAGAGACAUGCAUCGGCCUGAUAUUCCUGACAAUGCGCUUUCUGAGCAGUUGGAAGUUUACCGGACAGUUUCGAUGGGAUUUUGGGAUCGCAGCGCUGACGGUGGUUACUCAGACUACCGCCCAGGUCUUCCUUCAACUGUCUGUCAGGGCAGGUAUGGGAAACCACGCUGCAGACUUGUCAGAUGAGAGUCUAGUUGUCGCAUUGAAAUGGGGAUGGGCGUUUCAACUUCUGGCUAUUGGCGCAAGUAUGCUCGGCAAGCUGGCGAUCCUGGCAUUCUUGAUGCAGGUCCGCGGCCGACACGCUUCCAAACCAUGGCUACUGAUUAUACUCGGUGUAUUGAUAUUUGCCAUCAAUAUCACUGUGAUGGGAACGAUUCUUGGCCAGUGUUCUCCUAUGGAGAAAUUAUGGAAUGAUGCUCUCCCAGGGACAUGCGAUCCGGGACGCAAGAUGAAUCAGAACUAUUCCUUUUUUCAAGCCAGUUUCAACGUUUUCUGCGAUGCCGCGUUGGCUACAUACCCGGUCCAUUUGUUUUGGAGUCUUCAGAUGAAGUGGCGAAUCAAAGUUGCAUUAUCUAUUCUCAUGGGUCUAGGAUGGAUGUACGUGCUUCUUUUGCUUUUAUUGACCCCGAACGUGAAAUAUCCGGGACUGACCCAAGCGGUUCUGGAAAACAGAGCUGCAGUGUGUUCGGCAUUCAAGUGCUAUGAAUUAAAGGCCCUAACUGAGACUAACGAUAUCACUUACGCCCAGUCACCGCUUCUCAUUUGGGCUUCAACUGAAGCCUGGAUUGUAACCGUCGUCGGCUGCGUUCCGCCUAUCAGACCUCUAAUGGAACGGGUCCUUCAACACCUCGGCUUCACCAGCAAAAAGACUUCAAGCCGCUACAAUGACCAGAGGCAUGGUACCUAUGUUGUUUAUGGUACAAACCAGUCACACAUUAUUAGCCACUCAACCCAUCAGCGAGAUCGCAAAGCGCUUGGGCGAGGAGAGGAUGAUCUAGACUGGGUGGAACUUCCAGAUAGGCGGACUUCAACCGACAGCAAAGGACAUAUUAUGAACGAUACGAACAUCAUUGUGACAACGGAAUUCAGGACACAAUUUGAGGAUCGCGAGCUUCCUGACGCUAGAUCUUCAAACGGAAGCCAGACUUCUGCCGGAGGUGGAGGUGGAGGCGUUCGAGAAGCUGGCACUGAUAUUAAGAGUGUGAUUUGA